AUGACCCUGGGACUGCAGAUGAUUCCAUCGACGAGCGGCGGAGAAAGCCAGGGCAGAGGAGGGCGUGGUGGAGGCCGGGGGCGAGGUGGCCAAAGAGGUGGCGCAAACCGAGGUGCUUCUGCAGAGCAUCACAAUGGCGCACCCAACGACCGCGGCGCUGAUCGGACAAGGGCUGAUGGUGGUGGUAAUCGAGGACGUGGAAGAGGCAGAGGUCGAGGGGGAGGAGGAGGUCGAGGUGGAAGAGGAGACUCCAAUCAUAACAAUCGCGACAGAGCAUUCAGCAGCGCCCAACAGAAUACAACAGCAGUACAACCGAGUCCGGAACCUGGCGGAACGGGCGUCUUUGGUGCUCGCCUGACCAAAGACGCCGCCCACAAUAUCCAAGGCGAGGGAGCAGGUGCGCAAGUGGAGGACGGCGACGACGUUGAGGCGGAAGUGUGCUUCAUCUGCGCAUCUCCCGUCUCGCACAAUAGCGUCGCACCUUGUAACCACCGCACCUGCCACAUUUGCGCCCUUCGACUGCGCGCACUGUACAAGACGAAAGCUUGUGCGCAUUGCAGAACGGAGGCUACAAAUGUGAUUUUCACUGAUGAUGCAGAGAAGAGGUACGAGGACUUCGUAGAAAGAGAUUUUCACAGAGUCGACAAGAAUCUUGGUAUCAGCUACGAAAAGCACGAGAUCUUCGAGGACACUGUGCUACUGUUGAGAUACAACUGUCCGGAUCAGGAUUGCUAUGAGGCAUGCUUGGGCUGGCCAGAUCUGCAUCGCCACGUCCGUAACACCCACCAAAAGGUGAUGUGUGAUUUGUGUACCAGGAAUAAGAAAGUCUUCACACACGAGCACGAGCUGUUCACUCAUGCAGAAUUGAAACGACACGAGAAAUUUGGAGACGAUCAUCCAGGUGCUGUCGACCAGAGUGGAUUCAAAGGUCAUCCAGAAUGUGGCUUCUGCCGGAGAAGGUUCUACGGCGAUGAUGAGCUCUUUUCGCAUUGUCGUGAGGCUCACGAAAGAUGUCACUUGUGCGAUAGGCGCAACGGAGGUAAUACACCCCAGUAUUUCAUGAAUUACGAUGCUCUGGAGAAGCAUUUCAGCAAAGACCAUUUUCCAUGUCUGGACCAGGAGUGCCAGGAGAAGAAGUUCGUGGUGUUUGAUUCUGAAAUGGACCUGAAAGCCCAUCAGCUUGAACAGCAUCCCAAUGGAUUAUCGAAAGAUGCACGCAGGGUGGAUCUCUCGGCAUUCGAUUAUCGCCCACAGUACCAAGAGCCUACUCGAGGCAGAGGUGGCAGACGAGGAGGUCGCGGGCGUGACCCGAACGCAGAGCCUCUGCCAGCAUCAUCCGCCGGUAACCUGAGUCGUGCUGAGGUAGCGCAUCAGCGCGAGCGUGAGAUACACAGCGCACAGUCUGUUUCUGCUCGAUCAUUUGGAGGUCAACUGAGCGCACCCACCCCAGCGCAAGCUGCUUCACGGCCAGCGAUCACACAACAAACAGCCACACAAGCAGCUCCGCAAUCACCCCACCCGGCAGCACCACUCACGCCACAGGAGCAGGCGCGGCAACUGCGCCAUGCUGCUGUCAACGAGCGUGCUUCAAAUCUAGCCCGCAACGAGAAGGUGAAGAUGGAUGCGUUCCGUGAGCGGGUCUCAUCAUAUACCCGGGGUGGCAUCUCUCCGGGCGAUCUGAUCGACGCCUUGUUCUCAAUAUUCGAUACCUCAUCCAAGGAAAUUGGCAAGCUCAUCAACGAACUGGCAGAUAUUUUCGAAGUGCCUGGCAAGCGAGAUAGCCUUCUCAAAGCGUGGGCGGACUGGAAGGCUGUGAAUGAAGACUAUCCGACAUUACCAGGUCCGGCUGGCGCCAACACAACCGCUGCGGGAGUGCUUGGCAAGGGCGUAGGGGCUUCGCGUGUUCUGAAGCUGAAGAGCUCCACAGCCAAAAGCUCACAAUCAGCAGUCGGUCGCCAAGCGUCAUGGGGCUCAGCAAGUAGCACUCCUGCCGCUUCCUCAAGCAAUCCAUUCCCGUCACUUCCUCCACGGAACGGUGGACCAUCGAUUCAACUUGGUCGAGGAAGUGCCGCUCCAGCACCCACCCCUAGCUGGCUGGCCACUCGUCCCGCCACAGAUUCAGCCGCACGAUCGCCUGCAAUGACCCCUUCCAGUUCUGCAAGAGCGUCUCCUGCUAUCAAUGCCAGACAGCAGCCCACGGGCACCAAUACGAGAAGCGCCGAGCUGUUUCCUGCGUUGCCUGCAGCAAAGAAGCCCACGAGCACGGUAUUCUCGCCUGGUUACACUGGACGAGGAAUUCUUCGAACGAACUCGGGAAAUCCUAGUGUCAAUGCUUGGGCGGGAGGCAGUGGGACUUCUACUCCGGUGGUAGAUGCGAACGCUGGGCAGAAUGAUGAGAGCGUGGCGAGAAAGGGCAAGAAGGGAAAGCAGAUUGUGUUCAAGUGGGGAUGA